AGUUUCACCUUUACUUUUGUUUUUUUUGUACACCGUGCUGCUGAGAAAUUCAUUAUUGGAAAGAUGUGUGAUAACUAGAAAUCUAACAGAGCCCAAUAUCUAACUUUUUGACCUCUACCUCCCACUUGUGGCGUGACGUUGAAAGAGGGAUGGAACUUAAAAAAAUGGAAAAAGACACGCCGCACUCAGAGCUUCUUCAGACACGCGCAGAGAAAUACGAAAACGAUCGCGAAACUUCGAAUAUUUACUUAGAAUGGUGUGAUAAAAGCUAUCGCGGUAUACAUAAUCUAAAAGUCCGUUUCUAUAUGUGUUGUCGAACCGAUUAAAUGUCAUUGAUUACUGCCAGAUAGUUGUAUACGCAUUUGAAUAACUUUUCUUUAAGAGUUUAUUCUUUCUUCUCAAAGGCAGGAGAGAGUUGCUUAAUGGAGUGAGACCAACGUUGCUAAAUUGUUUCGUGUAAUACAGUUUACGCAUUGUUUUGAAACAAAUCUCAACAACUUUCUUGCUUUCAUUGAGCAAGGCGAUUGGGACAUCGGCUUCAGUCUUCUGGAGUCAUCCCCGAGGAAAAGCUGGACAAAACUCCGGCAGAAUGAGCACCGAUAAAAACAAGGUGGAGGAUGAGGCAGUGCUGGACAGAGGGGCAUGCUUUGUCAAGCAUGUCUGUGAUGAGGAGGAGGUGGAAGGUCACCACACCGUGUAUAUUGGUGUGCAUGUGCCCAAGAGCUACCAGCGGAGACGGCGCCACCGACGCAAGUCCAGCCACAAGGAGAGGAAGGGGAGGCCGGCGGACAACGUGGAGGGGGACAAAUCAGAUGGAGAGACUGCUGACGAGGCAGCGCCCAACAUCCUCAAACCCCUCAUCUCUGCAGCAGCAGAGAGGAUAAGGUUUAUCCUGGGUGAGGAGGAUGACGGCCCCCCACCCCCUCAGCUCUUCACCGAACUGGACGAACUGCUGGCCGUCGAUGGACAGGAGAUGGAGUGGAAGGAGACAGCCAGGUGGAUAAAGUUUGAGGAGAAGGUGGAGAAGGGAGGAGAGCGUUGGAGUAAGCCCCACGUGGCCACAUUGUCUCUUCACAGUCUGUUUGAGCUGAAGACCUGCAUUGAGAAAGGCACCAUCCUGCUGGACCUGGAAGCCUCCACUCUACCACAGGUGGUCGAGCUGAUCACUGACAGCCAGAUCGAGAUCGGUCAGCUGAAGCCUGAGCUAAAGGAUCAGGUCAUGUACACGUUGCUACGGAAACAUCGUCACCAGACCAAGAAGUCCAACCUGCGCUCGCUUGCUGACAUCGGCAAGACGGUGUCCAGUGCAAGUAGGCUGUUUUCCAACCAAGACCAGAACGCACGCAGUCUCAAUGAGCACCCCCAGCCCUUUCCCCACUUGCACACCCAGUCCCAACCCCAGUCUGUGCCUUAUGCAACCACGCUUGGCCAUGAGGAACCGAUAAAGGAGAUCCAAAGAAGCUCCAGCAUGCAAUACAUCAGUAGCCCAGCCACGGCCCAUCGGAACCUGACCUCCAACAGCCUCAACGACUUUUCUGACCAACCAGAUAGAGACCAGCUGAAGAAUAAGUUGAUGAAGAAGCUUCCACGUGAUGCCGAGGCGUCUAACGUCCUGGUCGGAGGGGUGGACUUCCUGGACACACCCUUCGUGGCGUUUGUCCGCCUGCAGCAGGCUGCCAUGUUGGGAGGUUUGACAGAGGUCCCCGUCCCUACCAGGUUCCUAUUCGUGCUGCUGGGGCCCAAAAGCAAAGCCAAGUCCUACCAUGAGAUCGGACGAGCUAUCGCCACCCUCAUGUCUGAUGAGGUGUUCCAUGACAUUGCCUACAAGGCCAAGGACAGACAGGACCUGCUGGCAGGCAUUGAGGAGUUCCUUGAUGAGGUUAUCGUCCUACCUCCUGGGGAGUGGGACCCUGACAUCAGGAUAGAACCCCCCAAAUCCCUGCCCUCCUCAGAUAAGAGGAAGAACCAGUAUAAUGCUGGAGGCGGAGGGGAUGGCCCCCAGAUGAACGGGGACACGCCGGGACAUGGCGGGGGUCAAGGAGGAGGAGGGGGACAUGGACAUGUUGGAGAAGAGCUCAUGAACACUGGAAAGUUUUGUGGUGGCCUCAUCCUGGACAUCAAGCGAAAGCUGCCGUUCUUCGCCAGUGAUUUCUACGACGCCAUACACAUCCAGUCGCUUUCCGCCAUCCUGUUUAUCUACCUGGGCACCGUGACCAACGCCAUUACCUUCGGAGGGUUGCUAGGAGAUGCUACAGAAAACAUGCAGGGUGUGUUGGAGAGUUUCCUGGGCACGGCACUGACGGGGGCCAUAUUCUGUCUGCUGGGUGGCCAGCCUCUCACCAUUCUCAGCAGCACAGGUCCUGUACUGGUGUUUGAAAGGCUCCUCUUCAACUUCAGCAAAGACCAUGACUUUGACUACCUGGAGUUCAGGCUGUGGAUCGGCCUUUGGUCAGCCUUCUUCUGCCUGGUGCUGGUUGCCACAGAUGCCAGCUCCCUGGUCAAGUACUUCACACGCUUCACAGAGGAGGGCUUUUCUUCCCUCAUCUCCUUCAUCUUCAUCUACGACGCCUUCAAGAAGAUGCUGAAGCUGGCCCACUACAACCCCAUCAACGCUGACUAUGACCCCAACUAUGUCACAAUGUACGACUGCCGCUGCAUGCCCCCACCGGACGACGGCAAUAUGACGGGUCUCUAUAUCGACGCCUCUGCCUGGAUAAACAAUGCUGAUCUGUCGGUAAAUGCCACAUGGGCGUCUCUCGACAAGAAGCAGUGUGUGGUGUACGGAGGCGAGCUGAUUGGUCCAGCCUGUGGCUUCGUCCCUGACGUCACUCUGAUGUCAUUCAUCCUUUUCCUGGGGACCUACACCUGCUCCAUGUCUCUCAAGAAGUUUAAGUUCAGCCGCUUCUUCCCCACCACUGUGAGGAAGCUGAUCAGUGAUUUUGCCAUCAUCCUGACUAUUGUUAUCUUCUGUGGAGUGGAUGCCUUUGUCGGAGUGGACACACCCAAGCUCAUCGUGCCAACUGAAUUCAAGCCCACCAGCCCCAACCGUGGCUGGUUCGUGCCCCCAUUUGGAGGGAACCCGUGGUGGGUUUAUCUGGCAGCAGCCCUCCCUGCUCUCCUGGUCACCAUCCUGGUGUUCAUGGACCAGCAGAUCACCGCCGUCAUCGUGAACAGGAAGGAGCACAAACUUAAGAAAGGGGCAGGCUACCAUUUGGACCUGUUCUGGGUAGCAGUACUACUGAUCGUUUGUUCCUUCAUGGGCCUGCCCUGGUACGUGGCUGCUACUGUCAUCUCCAUCGCCCACAUCGACUCUCUGAAGAUGGAGACCCAGUGCUCUGCCCCUGGGGAGCAACCCAAGUUCCUGGGUGUCAGAGAGCAGAGAGUGACUGGUGUCUUUGUCUUUGUUCUGACUGGACUGUCUGUCUUCAUGGCUCCCAUCCUCAAGUUCAUCCCUAUGCCCGUGCUCUAUGGCGUGUUCCUCUACAUGGGUGUGGCAUCUCUCAACGGUGUCCAGUUCUUGGACCGGCUGCAGCUGCUCCUGAUGCCAGCCAAGCACCAGCCUGACCUGAUAUACUUGCGCCACGUUCCCCAGCGUCGUAUCCACCUGUUCACCUUCAUACAGGCCCUCUGCCUUGCCCUUCUCUGGGUCCUCAAGUCCACUGUCGCUGCAAUCAUCUUCCCUGUCAUGAUCUUGGCCCUGGUGGCAGUCAGAAAGGCCAUGGACUACAUCUUCUCCCAGCAAGAUCUCAGCUACCUGGAUGACGUCAUCCCAGAGAAAGACAAGAAGAAGAAGGAGGAUGAGAAGAGGAAGAAGAAACAGAAGAAAGGAAGCAUCGACAGUGAAAUCGAUUUUCCCCCUGAGUACCCCUACAAUGACAAAAUCCCCAGUAUUAAAAUCUCCAUGGAUAUAAUGGAGACGGAGCCCAUGUUGGGGAAUAAGGAUAAGGCCUUGGACAGACCCCCGUCGUCUUUCCGUGACCAACACUCACCAUGUUGAGGACUACUUUGAGCCCACUUCUGUAGCAAGUCUGAAUCUAUUGAAAAAAAGCUGUGCCUCAGAUUAGAAUCGACCUGGAGCCAGAAGACAACGGUUUCUUCUGGAAAAACUAGUCUCCGGGAUCUGAAAUGUCCCUCUAGUCUAACACAAACAACCCAACAAAACCAGCACUAAUCAACACAGCACAAAGCGCAUCUGAAAUUGCACCCUAUUCCCUAUAUAGUGCACUACUCUUGUCCUCUUAGUGCACUACUUUUGACCAGAGCCCUAUGUAAGGAAUGAGAUGCCAUUUUGGAUGUAAACAAAGACCCCAUACAGCAGCCUCAUUUAUACUGUAGCACUGUUUUAUAAUUCUCUUUUAAAUGUCCUGCUGAAGUACAUAUUUUAAUUUAAGAUAACUGACAGAUGUCUUUGUUUUGAGAAGAGAAGUAUAGGAGGGAGCCUUGUGAAACGGGGAGAUGUAAGUGUUUGUAUGAGAGGGGGAGGGGUUGCAUUUGAAAAUCCUUAAUUUGCUGUAGAGGUCAUGCUCUACACCAAGGAAAACGUUGAAGUUCUUUGGAAGCCAUUCACUGCUUGGGUAUGGUAUUAAUGAUUUAUAAAGCAUUUAAACUAAUACAAUGCUUCAUGUAUUCAUAAUUCAUGCCUGUUAGGUAAUUAAGUACAACAUACUUUAUUAUGCAACUCUUAGGGAGCUGUGAAGUUGGACCUGACUGUCCUAUUCUAUGCCUGCCAGAACAGAUCAAACUUAAAAAUCCCAUUAUCAUUUCAUGUUCAACUGUCCAUCAUAGGUCCAUAGUGUCCUUUUUGUAUUUCAUGUGUUUCUGUCCUUCACACCUGUAUUGUCAUGUUUAUAUAUGCUAAAUAUUUGUUGCUCUUGAACCAAAAUGUUGGUUUGGCUAUUUUCCUUCCCAGUGUGUAUGAAACUGAUAAACUUUUCUGAUUGG